UCAAAGUCAAAAAUAAAUUAGUUUACUUGAUCGUGUCAGGUGUCAAGGUGUAUUUUAUAAAUUCGUUAAGAACAAUUUCCUUUGGUUUAAUUUAAGUUUGCGGAAUAAAAGUGCGUUUCAAUUAAUACUUUUUGGAUUGAAAGCGUUCAGUUGGUUAUCUCUCUCUCAUAUCCAGCCGGGCAACUACAAUACUAUAGACUAUAUAGAAUCUUCAGGCAAGAAUAAGAUUGUCUACAUCACAAAGAAAAUGGCAUUUGCGGGACUAAAGAAGCAAAUAAACAAAGCCAAUCAGUAUGUCACGGAGAAAAUGGGAGGCGCCGAAGGCACAAAACUGGAUUUGGACUUUAUGGAUAUGGAAAGGAAAACGGACGUGACAGUUGAAUUAGUCGAAGAGCUACAAGUUAAAACAAAAGAAUUUUUGCAACCUAAUCCUACUGCUCGAGCCAAGAUGGCGGCUGUAAAAGGGAUCAGUAAAUUAAGUGGACAAGCAAAGUCCAAUACAUACCCGCAGCCAGAAGGAGUUCUUGGAGACUGCAUGUUAAUUUAUGGUAGAAAAUUAGGUGAUGACAGCAUGUUCGGCAAUGCUUUAGUUGAAAUGGGCGAGGCACUCAAACAAAUGGCGGAUGUGAAGUAUUCGCUAGAUGAUAACAUUAAACAGAACUUUCUGGAACCUCUUCAUCAUCUUCAGACCAAAGACUUGAAGGAAGUUAUACAUCAUCGGAAGAAAUUACAAGGUCGACGACUGGAUUUUGACUGCAAGCGUAGGAGGCAGGCAAAAGCUUUAAAAGGAUUAAGUCCUUACUCAAGCCCUGCAAAGGUCCAGGGCAACGCUCAUGAUGAUGAAAUCAAAGCAGCCGAGGAAAAGUUCGCGGAAUCUCUGCAUCUUGCUCAAAUGGGCAUGUUCAACUUAUUAGAAAAUGAUGACGUAAGUGUAGAGCAAAUAUCUCAAUUAGCAACAUUCGCAGAAGGUUUACUUGAUUAUCAUAACCAAUGCACAGAUAUUCUUAAAACUCUCACUGAAACCCUUCAAGAAAAGAGAGAAGAGGCUGCAAAUCGUCCUAAGGUAGAGUUCGUACCAAAAACUCUAUCGGACUUGAACAUAGAGGGUGUGACUGCUAUUUCCGACGGAUAUAACGGUACAAACUCGAAUCAUUUUAAUCUAUCCAAUAAUCACAGCACGAGUAAUUCAUAUAGUCAAAGCCAUAAGAAUCAACCCACCAAUGGCGUUAACGAAUUUCGACGACCUGCACCUAAAACGGUGCCAAUUAAACAAAUGCCACCACCCGAUCCUUUUGAUCCUUGGAGUUUUUCCGAAGAUGCAACUACAGAUCUUCUAACUUUUGAUUUAGAUUCCAGUGUUAGCUCUUCGCAACUGUGUUCUCCUCAACAUAAGCCACAGCAGCUCGAACUGCAUCCUGGACAGCAAUCCGCCAAUGCAUCUCCAUUGCCGUCCCCCAUGAAAUCUCCUGCCAGGACUCCAAUGACUAGACAGCCAUGUUGCACAGCUCUUUACGAUUUUGAUGCUGAAAAUCCGGGUGAAUUAAGUUUCAAGGAAAACGAUAUUAUUACACUUCUAAACAAAAUUGAUGAGAAUUGGUUUGAAGGUAGUGUUGGUGGCCGUACCGGAUAUUUCCCAGUUAACUACGUGAAAGUGGACGUGCCACUUCCAUAAAUCUGUAUAUCGUUAGUCCUUCACGUUGAACAACAACCCCUUAGAUUGUUUUCUUUUCAAUUUAUAUAAUUUCGAAUCGUUACUUGCCCUAAGUAUAGUUGUUUUUUGUUAUUAUUGAUAUUAAUAUUUUUUUAACGACUGUACAGUAACGUACCCGUGGUAACAAACCAAACACCUACAUAUACUUGUUUCUUACUUUAUUUUUUAAGUAAUAUAUUUACUUAGUGAUAUGAUGUCUAGUCCGAUCUGAUGGAAAUGUAUUGAGUAUUAUAGCAUAUACAGUCCGUUAGCGACAAGUUUUACAAAAAUGUUCGUCUUUGUUAGGAGUUCUAAUUUUUCUAAGAAUUUGUGCAAGAUUUAUGAGAAUCGGACAGUUAGGCACUUAUAAUCCUCUUGGUUUUUAGUAAUAGUAUCGAUGGCUAUGAGAUUCUCAAUACAUAAUAAAUAGUAAAAUUAAAUCCAAACACUACUAUAACGACUGCUGAUGAAACGAAAUUAUAUACUUUGAAACCGCGAUUGUUUCAUAUCGAGGAAAUUUUGUAAUACAAUUACAAGCUAUUGCUCACAUAAUUAUCAGUCUGUAUCAGUGUCAGUUAGUGAAGUCGAUGAUUUGAAUUGAAAUUAAUAUAAAAACAAAUAAAAUAAAAAUAUAAUAUUUCAGCAUUAUUGCGAAUCUAGUAAAUCAAAUUUAGAGGAAUUCGGCUUAUUUGAGUGAUAUUGAGCUUAUUUGGGAUAAACACACUUAAAUAAUUGAUACGUUGAUUUCUCAUGAUUCCUCAACAUCACAAAAGAGAUUAUUGUUUGAUUUUGAUUUAGAAUGGUAUUGAUUGUUUAAAAUGCAUAGUACUGGGUACGUUUCUGCAACUGCACUGGAAUAGUUAGCAAAGCCAUAUUACUAUCUAAAUAAUUAUUGUGCAGAUUUUACCUUACUGUAGCAUGUUAGGAGUUCGAUUUGCCAAUUAUUGUUGCAGCACAUGCUUUGAAGAAUAUGACGUAGUAAAAUAAAUCUGCACUGAAAUAUGCUAGUGAUAUCGCAUUUAAUUUUAUAGGUAUGGAAUUAUAAAAUUGUAUUUGACAAUUCUGAACUGAUUUGAUUGUCUUCAGAUAUUUCAACCUACAUACUAUAUCUUCCUAAAUAUUUAGUUGCGAUUUGUAAAUAACUGAGAAAAUGAUUGUGUAAAAAAAUUUGAAAUUUUUUAAUAAUUGUAUUAUAAUGAAGAUGUGCAGUUGAAUGUUUGAUUUAGUUUAUGUGCAAAGUUUAUUGAGAAACAAUAUUUGUUUCCCGUAUGCUUUGUAAGUGUAACAAGUGACAAUUACAAUUAUUGAGAUUACUCAUACUCAAAAUUUAAGUUGUAUAUAUUCUUUUAGAAUCUUUAGAUUAGUUUUAAUAUGAAUAUGUAGAGCUAUAGUUUAUUGUUGUUUAUACUGUGAAUGCGUCACACACGAUUAUAUCUGGGGGUUUGGAUAAAUUUUAUAAAAUCACAGUAUCUCUAACCCCGGAAAUGCUAAAUGAGAAAAUUGCUGAGUAUUUUAAUGAUGUGAAACUUAUUUCCGUAGUUGUGUAUUAGAACGAAAAUAAUGAAUCAUUAACCACUUUUAAAACACGGAUUCAGCCUUUUACACAACUACAUACAUGAUAUUGCAUAAUAAGGGAACUCAAUGUUGAACAAGAAUAUAUGUAUAACCUAAAGAAAAUAUCUGUUGAUGUUAUUUAAUGUAGAUUUUCUGCCGAAGUUUAUUGUAUUAUAUAUUAACAUACCGUCUAAUAGAAAUUAAAUACUCUAGUGUUUUUACAGCGGCUCUAGGUAUUCUUCACUAAAAGCUCCGACUAAAUCAAGCGGGCUCAAAGAGCUGAAGCAGUUCAUUUAUAGAUAUGUAUAUUUUAACUUCUAUUGUCGGAUGGCCUAAACGAUUGAAGCUUUAAGUAAAGAACAUCUAAAACCAGGCUUGUAUAUCGUGCUAGACUCUAAAAUUUAAAAGGUUGUCAAAUUUGAGCUUUUUUUGAAAUUGUAAAACUGUUAAAUAUAAAUAAAUUUUAUCCAUGAUUAUGUUAAUUAGUAUUUCGUUAACUUGAUGUCUUGAUAGGACAUUUUAGCUACCAUUAUAAAAUAAUUUCAAGUAUCAUCAAAUGACAAUUUGCUAGCAUUUUAUAUUGUGUAUAAAUUAAUGCCAGAUAAAAUAUAAACAAAUUAUACUGGGAUAUGUUAGAGACCAUAAUGGCCUAUAGAUGUAUUUUUAUGUAACUCCUCAAGCUUGGUGUAAAACAUGUUCAAAGCUUGGCUUGACAAUAAUGUUACGCACCGAACAUUUGACUCAAUGGCCUUUUUGCCUUCAUUCCACAUAAUUAUUUAGUAUCAAAUUAUUUUACAAAUAUAUGUAUAGAUCACAAAAGAAAUAACCUUGAAAAUCUUAAUCAAUUUGCGUUUGAUAAUAGAAUUCAGAUUUUUGAGUGUCUCAUAAAAAAAAUGGCACUCACUGAGUUUGUUGUUGAGUUGAGUUGAGUUUUAUUAAGCCUAUUGUUUGAUUUUUGUUUUUCUUUAGAUUUCUUUCAAAUUAGUUCAUGCUCAUUGAGCAAACGUCUAAUUCAUUUUGAACUAUUUUUCCGUUUAAAUCUGGUUUUCCAUUGCACAUUAACUUCAUGUUUCUCGGUUGCUGAUGAUGAAAAUCCAGAUACAUUGUUACAGUGAGAUUUGAAAAAGCCUAGUUUAAUACAACAUACAACCUCAAUCAUUUCAAUACGUAAAUUAAUAUAGAAAAUAUAAGACAACUGUUAUGAAUUUAUUAAAAUGUUAAGUAACCGUAGUACCUAAUAUUUGCAAUAAAUUAAAAUAAAUUAGACUUCAUUGAAUAGCAAAAUAUAUCCCAGUAGUUAUUCUUGCGGCACCUAGUAUAAUUUGUGCGAGAACUAUAUUUAUCUGGUUAAUGACAAUACAUUAGAUGUAACAACUGUAUGAUAAGAAUUCAAUUAAACUAUUAUAUAAGUUAUAUCUUGAAAGAGGCAGACCCUGAUGCAUGUUUUUAUUAUAGUCGGUCAUGUUAUUGAUCAAAAAGACAUCAUGACAUACAUAAGGUUGCUUAUCGUAUUGAUUCAUAUACCCCACACGUUAAAAUGCGUAUCAAAACACGAAAUAUUUGGAAUAUAGUGGCAAAUUGGAAAAUAACUCAGUAAUGUUUAUUUUCACUAUUUUUAAAUAGUUCAUGACAAAAAAGUUCUAUGCUUUACAAAUCGAAAUAUUAUUCAGAUUAACUUAUCAAUGUUGUGUAAUAUGAAGGCUGCAUGCUUCACUAAUUAGUUUCGUACAAUUUAUACUCAUCUCGUUUAUUACUUGUUACGCGCAUUUUAAAUAACCAAAGUUUAUUAAAGUAUAUCAUUUUGUUUUAAUACGCAUUUUAACUGUUUACAAAUGAUUUUAAUUUUAACAUUUCUUUAAAUUAUGACUAAAACAACUUGAUAACUAGUAGAUCAGUAUUCACUAAAUCUGUUGAAAUCUGCAUGAAAUUUAACGAUUGAUUUUUAUUCGUUCGUAAUAUCACCGAUUAUUUAUAAAAUAUUGUUAACACAUGUAUACAUUUAAAUGUUACCGUAAUUGUGAAUUAAUAAAAGAAUGUGUCACAGUUUA